UCUUUUUUCUCUGUGCAAGAACAUCCUUCUUUUUUCUUUUUUUUCUUGGUCAAACAGACCAUCCUUCUUCUUAAUUGUAAAAAAAUAAGUUUUAAACAAGUUUUUAUUUAUUUUGAAAUAGAGUAUGACAGAGAUGGACCUCAAGGUCAUAUAUGCCUUAUUAAAAAGAAGAAGAAGAAGAAGAACACAAAACAGGAGAGAGAAAGCGAGGGCUUUGAGGUUUGUCUUUGUAUUAUAACACACACAUACAUAAUAGUGUCUUCUUCUUCUUCUUCUUUUUUUGUUCAAAAGUGCGUCUUCUUCAUCAUCUUCUUUAUCAUCAUCAUACAUCAUCCUCUUCUUGGUUCUUUCUUAACCUCCGAUUUAUAGCUUUUUGAUUAUUUUUUUCUUCUUAUUCUUGGUUGUUUUCUCUUGAUCUCAGUUUAUAAUCUUACACGCAAAGAAGAAGAUCUAAGAUGUCGUCAUCAUCAUAUAACGCAAGUGUUGCUCCAUCAUCAUCCUCAGCUGAGCCGUUCUUCCUCACUGGUUCCGGCGUCGGAGAUAACGAAUUUGACCGGAAAGAUACUUUUAUAUCAAUGAUACAAGAACCUAACUCCUCAGCUCAACCACCCAAGAAACGAAGAAACCAGCUCGGAAACCCAAAUCCUGAUGCGGAAGUGGUAGCGUUAUCUCCAAAGACUCUAAUGGCUACGAACAGGUUCAUAUGCGAUGUAUGCAAGAAAGGGUUUCAAAGAGAACAGAAUCUACAGCUUCACCGAAGAGGACAUAAUCUCCCAUGGAAGCUCAAACAGAAGUCAACCAAAGACGUGAAGAGGAAAGUGUAUCUUUGUCCGGAACCCACGUGCGUCCACCAUGACCCCUCACGUGCUCUCGGAGACCUCACCGGAAUUAAGAAGCACUAUUACCGUAAACACGGAGAAAAGAAGUGGAAAUGCGAGAAAUGUUCAAAGCGUUACGCUGUUCAAUCGGAUUGGAAAGCUCACUCUAAGACUUGUGGUACUAAAGAGUAUCGAUGUGACUGUGGUACCAUCUUCUCUAGACGCGAUAGUUAUAUUACACACAGGGCUUUCUGUGAUGCAUUGAUACAAGAGACUGCUAGAAACUCUACCGUGAGCUUCACGUCUAUGGCAAGUGCUAGUAGCGGGGCUGUCUCCGGUGGAUUUUACAGGAGACUCGACGGUGGCAACGCUCUCGCCCACCGCAAUUUGAACGACCAUCAUAACUCCGGAUUUUCAACUAUUCCAGGUUACAAUCUAAACAUUGCAUCUUCUGAAAAUAGCAGAGACUAUGUGCAGCAAACGUCAGACCCUAACUUCUUAAUCCAAAUCUCAUCGAGCCAACGGAUGCUGACUGUACCGAACAACAACGAUCAGAGUUUCAUGAACGAACAAGGUAUGAUCCAGUUUGAUCCAGUCAACAACACUAACCUAAAGAGUAACACCAACAACAGCUUCUUCAACCUCGGAUUCUUUCAAGAAAACACCAAGAACUCAGAGACGAGUCUUCCUUCUCUAUACAGCACCGACGUUCAUACACGUUCUUCUAAUGUGUCAGCCACGGCGCUGCUUCAGAAAGCUACUCAAAUGGGCUCCGUUACAAGCAACGACCCUUCUGCGUUCUUCAGAGGCUUAGCUUCUUCGUCUAAUUCGUCAAGUGUGGUUGGUAAUGACUUUGGGGGAGGGCAGAUUAUGGGGAACAAUAAUAACGGUAGCCUUCAAGGUCUAAUGAGCUCACUAGUGGCCGUAAAUGGCGGUGGUGCUGGCUGAUCCGGUGGCAAUAUCUUCGACGUUCAUUUUGGAAACAUUGAAAAUAUGAGCGGCUCGGACAAGUUAACGUUGGAUUUUCUUGGAGUUGGAGGAUUGGUGAGAAAUGUAAAUCGUGGUGGUGGUCAUGGCGACGUUCCGGAGCAAAACCAUACAUUUGGAAGACCUUGAUAAAAUCAUCCAUUACUAUAGAUCUUUACUGAACUCUUUAGGUUUGAUUUUGAUUGAAGUCUGCCUUUUGUUAUGCUGUUAUAUAAUAAAAACAAUGUAAGGUUGCUACUUUGUUGUUUAGAACCGAAUAUGAAGUACCUUCUUUGUUA